CAAUUAAACUGACUGUCAUGAAGAGACUGAUUUGAAAAAUGAGGGUUCAUACACACUUAGACGACAAGUCAGAAAUGUAGACUAGUGAAGUUCCAGUAGACAGAUUAUGGGGACAGAUCAGAAAACUGUCGUCACUGAAGUUCUGAAGAAGAGACUCUCAGAAGACUUCCUGGCAACAGAUUUAAGAUGGAGUUUUUUCGUCGCAGCACUGUACAGUUACAGAUUUGAAACAGUGCUGAAGCCUUUUCCGCUGCAGUUUUUAAAUGAGAAUGGAGAGAAAGAUAUGAAAAAGCUUGAGAGGGUGGUGGAUAAGGUACCCAAAUUAAAUCAGCUGGAAUUCAGUAAUAGUGAGGUACAGGACUUACUGACAUGGGUGACAGACACCAAAAACUUCUCUAUUGUGAAAACGGAGUUAUCAAAGUUUGAAGAAAUCCAGGCAAUGACAAAGGACAGUGGUGUGUCAGCAGUGAAGCCAAAUUUUGUCUUUGAGGUGAACUACUCACAAGGUGCUGAUGCUAAAUUUCAAGAUCUCAGAAAAGGGAGAGAACUCUUAUAUGCCUAUCACGGCAGUCGACUGGAAAACUUCCACUCUAUAUUGCACCAUGGAUUAGCCUCUCAUAUGAAUAAGGUUGGUGUGUUUGGGGAGGGGACUUACCUCUCCAGUGAACUCUCUGUGUCCCUUCACUACAGCCCCAUGGGGAGGAGCUGGGAGAGAAGCAGCCUCGGGGACAAACUCAGCUGUGUGGCUGUCUGUGAAAUGAUUGAUCAUCCAUCUGUAAAAUGUCAGGUCAAGGACAACAACAACAGAUCACGUGCUGGUGACAGCAUGGCAGGAAGGGUUCCAGACAAAUACUAUGUUGUCCAAAACAAUGAAGUGAUCCGAGUCAAAUACCUCCUGGUUUACUGCCAAAAGUCUGUCAGUCAAAGGGGAUCGACAUCUGCCAUUAGAUCCUGGUGCUUCAGACACAAGUUUUUACUGAUGAUGAUAGUGUAUGCACUCAUCCUAAUCAUUGUUGGACUCGCCAAUUCAAAGACUUUCCGCUAUCAACUCAGAAAGUUUGGCAUGUUCAAACAAAGAUGAUGAAACAUGACUAAUAAUUUUUCCUGCUUAAAUAGUAUUACAAGUAAUCUUUCCUUUUUAAUGCAAUUGCUGAUUGUAUUGUUCAGAUCACUGGCAUUUAUCUCAAGCAUUUAUAGUAUUGUGGACAUUAAUGAAGCAUUUAUAUGUAAAUCGUAUCUUGUCAAUCUCUACCACUUUUGUGCUAUACUUGUACAUUUUUUUUUACCGAUUGUGUAUCAAACUUAUUGCAUGUGAAACAGAUUGCAUGCAUUUUCAGCUAUUUUUAAUAAUCAUAAUGUAAUUAAUUGAGAAAAAAAAAUUAUACUCCAAAUCCAGGGAAAUCAGAAAUCUACAAU